ACGAACGAGCACUCACGCCGCUGCAUUGACUCGGAGCGGCACUCUCUCACUUACCCCCCUCAGCGCCGCGCGGCCCCCGACAGCUCCUCUUCUUCGUCGGCGGCGCGCACCAGUAGACCAGUAAACCAUGGGGCAAGGCGUGUCCCGCAACGGCAUGCCCGGCGGCGGGGACUUCUACGGCUCCCCGAUCUACGCGACCAGCCUCAGCCACGACCGGCAGACCGAGGUGCGAGUGAGCGGCGACUCGGACACCGUGCAGAUCGGCCCGCGCGCGCAGCUGCCGUACCUGGAGACGGCGGGCAUGCGCCGGCAAGACUUCUUCCGGCGGUUAGGCCUCUUGGUCAAGACCCGCGGCAGCCGGAUCACGCAGAACGCCGAGGUCGUGAUCGCCGACUUCUACAGACUGGACGGCAAGCGCUUCGUGCCGCGCGACCACGGACAGGGCCCUCAGCCCACGAACUGGCACGGACUCAAGGGCCCGGCCGAGGCCAGCUGCGGCCUGCGCGUCGGGGACACACUGUACGCCAUCAACCAUCGACUGGUCAUGAACAAAUCCAAGGGGCAGGUGCUUCGACAGAUCAACUCGCUGCUGGAGAAGGGCGACGGCGCGACCGUAGUACUCACGUGGAAGCACACGGAGGACGUCGAGGUCGUGUCCUGGGAGAACGAGCUGUGUAUGCCGCCGCCCGAGGGCGUCCACACUCAGAUGGAGAACGAAUGGGGGCCGGCGCGACCAAGCAAAAUCUCGUCCGUGUCAAUCUAGCAGCCAAGCCUGUCCCUCUUCCAUAUUUGACCGCGGUAUUUCCAGCACCAGCAGUCCAGCCCCCACACCAACAACGGCAUCCCAGUUUCACUUUUUCUUACUUUUUCAACGGCAUUAUUUUUUCUCCUGCCGUGUCCGUCCGCUGGAAGACACCAGCAACUACGGAUCGGACUUGCCGACAUGCGUGCGUGAAAGAUUUCAGCCGAGUCGGUCGAGACCUAGCGGCCCUCUGCACCAAGACGUUGCUGCAUCGCCAACGCUGGCGAUCGGUGACAUCUUGUGAUCGAGCAUCGAGGUGACCAAGAGCAGUCAGCAAGCACAACGGGCUGACCGAGACCCGCGUCGUGAUGCUCGAGCCAUCAAGCAGCAGCGAACAGAGGAGGACAGGCUCAACACGAAGGUUUGGCUAGCAAUGCGCCGUUUAUUUAGUUGUGCAUUUUCCAAGUCACGGAGGGCGCAUUUCGUCCGCAGACCCGUGCACACCGUACUGCUCCUUCCGCUGGAAGAGGGAGACUUGCUGCUGCGACAGUGUAAAGUAUCACAAUAACACGCUCAAGGGU